AGGGGUCCUGUUUGUCCUGCGACGAACAGGGCUGUGAAUUCACAGACUCACACAUCCAGAGCCAUGUCACGUAGACAAGACAGACACCCAUUGUACGUCUUAAAAUGAAGGCAUUGAACAAAACUCGUACGUUAUUGCCUUUGACUUGGUGACAGUAUGUAAGCGCCCUUGAGGAAAUGCUGGCAGCUCUGAAGAAAAGUACAAGUAAACCUGUUCCAGAGGCCUUGACCGAUUACACCAGGAAAGUAGAAUUUCUGAAAGGAUUAUUGGAAGCUGAGAAACUGUCGUCUCCGACAGAGAAAGCCCUGGCCAAUCAGCUUCUGGCUCCCGGAAGGACUCCGACCACUGGGAAAGAGAGAACGUCAGCCAGCAAAACCAUCCACCUGCGGACGAGCGCCAGGUGUACUGGAGAGAUGAGGAACGAGCUCCUCGGCACAUCAUCAAAUACAGGUGAUGGAGAUGCAGAGCUGAGAAAUAGGAGGGGCACAGCGCUUGAUGAGAAGCAAUCAGCCACUGAGCUCGACACAGUUCUCCAGCACCAUCACAACAUCCAGGAGAAAUUAGCGGAGGAGAUGCUGAGCCUGGCUCGCAGUCUGAAGAACAACUCCCUAGCAGCCCAGAACGUCAUCAAACAGGACAAUCAGACACUGACCCAUUCCCUGCGGAUGGCGGACGUGAACUUUGAGAAGCUGAAGACGGAAUCAGAAAGGUUGGAGCAGCACACCAAGAAAUCAGUGAACUGGCUGCUUUGGAUCAUGUUAAUCGCUGUCUGUUUUAUUUUCAUCAGCAUGAUUCUGUUCAUAAGAAUCUUCCCUAGACUCCGAUGAUUCUAAUAAUAAUGAUUCAUAUAAUCCUUUAUAUUGAAUUAUCCUUUAGUACUGAUGAUCUAUAUAUAGAGAAACACCAGGUGGAAGCAGCAAAGAGCCUUUAUGAUGAUCCGUUUUAGACAAAGGACACAGCAUUGUCUGUCUGGGUACAGGAUUUAGCUGUAGUUCCCUGCAGACAAUAUUCAUAAUCUCACCCUUCACCUGCUUUUGUAGUCAAGAGGGGUCCUGUUCGCAAAUGCAUGAUGACUUCACGGGUCAGUCUGUUGCUGUUCUGCUUGAGAGUCACGCAUUUCCAGACCUCUCAACCUGCAAAGAAGCUAGCGACGAAUGAAACAAAAAAAAACAACAUGACACUUAAGGAAUUGGGGAAAUGAGCAGUUUCUUCACUGAAAAUCACUGUGUGGCCGUGAUGCUGUCCACACAAAGGCUUGACGUAGUUCUGUUUGCGGAUUGCGGAACAUGGUCUGAAAACUCACUGCAAUACCCUUCUUUCCCACACAGCAGGGUCUAUGGGUCAGAGCAGCAAGUCUAUAUUUUCUGUGCCUUGGGUAGCUGGGUUUAUGCAGAAUUACAUUUUGAUUUAUUCUGCUUCUGUUUUUAACAUUGUUCGGUCUUGUUUGAUACAGAUUGAUACAGUGUUAUCCAGCGCGUGUGGAAGAUUAAUUAUUUAGCGAAGGAUUUUAAAUAACAUUUUGUGGAUACUUGUAGGUAGAUCAUUAUGACCUACAUCAACCAAAAGCCAACUUUUGUUUCUUUAAUUAUAUGUCAGCACCAAUUCUGACCCAUAGUAAUAAUCUAAUUGUUAAGAAUUUUUAUUCUUGUAAGUAUAGUUCUCCAGUUUUGACCAAAACAGUAUUUAUUGCCAUGAUAAGUGGUACUGGUAUAUUGUUGGGGGAGGGGAUCAUGAGCUGUUUAAAUAAAGUCAUCGAGGCCACA